ACUAUUUAGUCCAUGUUGGCGGCUCGAUAGCUAAAAUGGUAACGGUGAACAUCUCUGCACUCCUUGUAAUAUUGCUAGUCAGCGCAUGUAAUGCAGACAGACCAACUAUUAAGAUUUCUACCGGUACACUAAUCGGUACCGUGGAAGAAUUCAGCAGUGAAUUUGUGGACGGUACACGGCCUGUACAUGCUUACAGGGGUAUACCGUACGCUGAACCACCGGUCGGUGACCUGAGGUUUGCACCGCCUAAACCCAAGACACCGUGGCAAGGGGAGUACGAUGCUACCGACUUCCGUACUGCGUGCAUACAACCAGACUCUCCACUGGUACCUGUCGACAAAAUUCAAGACGAAGAUUGUCUGCACUUGAAUGUUUACGUCCCACAGCCGCGGGACGUAAACACAGCAGUAAUGGUCUGGAUUCAUGGUGGUGGAUUAAUUAUGGGAUCCGGAACGAAGAUGUACGAUGCAACCAUACUGUCUUCAUUGAAUGGCGUCAUUGUAGUUACAUUAAUUAUCGAAUGGGGGCGCUUGGAUUUCUUAGUACAGAGUGGCACUGCUACCAUGAUUGGGUACUUCCAGUCCGAUGCAUCGAGAUCUAACAAGAUAGCACAUGGUCAGGGUAAACUUGUUGGAUGUGAGAAAGAGAACAGUAAAGAGCUUAUUAAAUGA